ACAUGAGCAUUUCUAGCUCCUUUCUGCGCUUCAUAGAGAAGAUUGGAAAAAGGGUCCGUGAAAGCUCUCUCUCUCUCUCUCUGGUUUCUUUUCAUUCAGAAAUGGAGCUUUUCUCUUCUUUUUCUCUCUUCAAUCCUUCUCUUUUCACUAUUUCUCUUCAACCAAACACAGUGUAAAGAAAGAUUUUCUCCCAUUUUAUUGAUAAUGUUCUUGGCACAAUUGGUGUUCCAGAGACAGAACGCCGAAGAAAAAAAAGUGUACAAUAUAUGACACUCAAGUAAAGAGGUUCUUAUAUAGCUCCGAUAGCAUCAAAACGGAUGAUUUUUUUAUUGAUGUCAAAACCCAUAUUCAAAGAAAGCAAGGAUAUGAUGUUAACAUCGAACAUCAGUUUGCUAAUAUCUAUUCAGUGUUUUACCUUCUUUAAAAUUGCUUCUCCAACAUAGAGGAGCACUUAAGACUUUUCUUCCUCCCUUUUUUCCAUUUUAGACCGUAAAUUCACCAUUGAUAAAGUUAUUUUGUGUUAGAAACUCCAAAGUUGGAAGCUAAUUAAUAUUUUUUUUGGCUUAAUUGCAUGUUUGAUCCUUAUGCUUAUUUUAGUUUUUAAAUUGGUUUUUAUGUUUUAAAAGUUUUAAGUUAGUCUAAAAUGUUACUCACCGUAGAACACUAUUUUAAAGAGAAAAAAAACUGGUUAAACACGAAUUGGAUUAUAAGAGUAAAAUAAGAAGUCACAGGUUAUAGGUGCAAACUCUGAUGAUUCGGGUGCAAGGCUAAUGGUUCUUUUUGUUUGUUUGAGCUUAGCUCUUGUUUCUUGGUGUUAGUGUUUUCUGAUUCCAUGUAGUUUGUAAUAACUGUUUUGAUUAAUGAAAGAUAUCUCUAUUUACCAAAAAAAAAAAAACGAUACAAUUACAGUACCGUGUCUAUAGAAUAACGAAUUCAAACACUGACUUUGUUGUUCGUGGAUGAGCACGAGGGUGACCGGAAACAAAGCUUUUGGCGGCGGAGAUCGGACAUAAAUUCGUGGCAAAGGCAAAGGACGAGAGAGAUGAGAGUUUUACAGUGUGGCGCGACAAAGGAAGAGGGAGGUGGGCUGCCGUUAGGGUUUUCAUUGACUUACUGGGAUGUGGAUAGAAAUGAUCCGUAGAAAAUGAUCAUUAAAGUUGGUGCAAGGGCCCUUGUUAAGUUUUUCCACAACAGGCCAGAUAAUGCAUUCCAGGUUGCUCUAUGGAACAUCAUAUCAUAUUCUUUCUUGCAAAAAAUUGUUGCACUUGUGGCUUGUAUGAACAGAGGGUGACUAGUUAAAGCAUGCAACAAGUAAAAAAAAUUGGUGGAAUCACAAAAAGUUUCAACCCAUCAAAUUGGUCUCAUUCAAUAAGGAACAACAGUACUAACCAAGCAUCAUUGAAAAGGGCUCUUGUUUUGUAUAAACAAACUCGCCAUGACACAACACACGACCCCACCGUGAUCCCUCAAUUACUCAAAGCAUGCGAUUCUCACCCCUUCCUUCCUUACGUUAAAUCCUUACACGCAGAAUCCAUCAAAGCUGGUUCUGAUGUGGAUGUGUUCAUUGGAACCGCCAUUGUUGCAGCAUAUGCAAAAUGUGGCGUUGUUUGUGAUGCACGCAAGGUGUUUGAUUUUAUGCAUGAAAGAAAUGCUGUUACCUGGAAUGCAAUGAUUGGUGGCUAUUUGAGAAAUGGUGAUGCUAAAUCUGCGUUACUUGCGUUUGAAGAAAUGCCAGGGAAAACGAGGGUGAGUUGGAGUCAGAUGAUUGGUGGGUUUGCUAGGAAUGGUGAUACUUUAACUGCUAGGAAGUUUUUUGAUAAGGUUCCGUAUGAGUUGAAGGAUGUGGUGAUAUGGACUAUGAUGGUUGAUGGAUAUGCUAAGAAAGGGGAAAUGGAAGAUGCAAGAGAGGUUUUUGAGUUAAUGCCUGAAAGGAAUUAUUUUGUUUGGUCAUCUAUGGUUUGUGGGUACUGCAAGAAGGGUGAUGUUAUGGAGGCUGAGGCGAUUUUUCGACGGAUUCCGGUUCGGAAUUUGGAGAUUUGGAAUUCCAUGAUUGCUGGGUAUGUACAGAAUGGAUGUGGUGAGAAAGCAUUGGAGGCUUUUGGAGAAAUGGGAGUCGAUGGGUUUGAGCCGGAUGAGUUCACCGUUGUUAGUGUUUUAUCUGCUUGUGCUCAGCUUGGGGACUUGGAUGCUGGAAAACAGAUGCAUCACAUGAUAGAAUGUAAAGGAAUAGCUGUGAACCAGUUUGUUUUGAGUGGAUUGAUUGACAUGUAUGCAAAAUGUGGGGACUUGGUUAAUGCAAGGUUGGUAUUUGAAAGUUGUAAUGAGAGAAACGUUUUCUGCUGGAAUGCUAUGAUUGCGGGUUUUGCCGUCAAUGGACAAUGCAAUGAGGUUCUUGAGUAUUUGGAUAGGAUGGAGGAGUCCAAUAUAAGGCCUGAUGCUGUCACGUUUAUUACUGUACUCUCAGCUUGUGCUCAUGGAGGUCUGGUGAGCGAAGCAUUGGAAGUGAUAUCUAAAAUGGAGGAAUAUGGAAUUGAAAUGGGCAUCAGGCAUUAUGGAUGCAUGGUUGACCUCUUGGGAAGAGCAGGGAGGUUAAAAGAGGCAUAUGAGUUAAUAAAAAGAAUGCCAAUGAAACCUAAUGAAACAGUUUUGGGGGCAAUGAUCGGUGCUUGCUGGAUUCAUUCAGAUAUGAAAAUGGCAGAACAAGUAAUGAAGAUGAUCGGUGUAGACUCUGCUGCAUGUGUUAAUUCGCACAAUGUGCUUCUGUCAAAUAUCUACGCAGCUUCAGAAAAAUGGGAGAAAUCUGAAAUGAUAAGGAGUAGCAUGGUUGAUGGAGGAUCUGAAAAGAUACCAGGGUGUAGUUCAAUCAUCCUUAGUAACUCUGCUGUUGAUUCUCCAAGCAACGUGCCAUGACCAAUCGGUUGUUGCUGCCUCCAUUAAUAUUCCCAAAGUUCAUAAUCACAUAUGCUAUUUGAUCUGUGAUUUAGAUGAGCGCAAGGAGCUGUGCUGUGAAGCCACAUCUGAAGUGUUGAAAGCCAAUGAAGAUUGACACAGAUAACUCCAACAAAGAGUGGGACAAGGAACAAUUAAAUGUAGCCAAUGAGAUUAAAUAGAGUCCCAACCAAAAUCAAGGUCCAUUUGGAGAGAAAGGAAUCAAGGCAUGUUUCGGAUAAAAUCUAUUUUAGUUGAGAAUAUUACAGAGUAUUGGAAGGUGACAGACAAAUCAGAGUUGGUUGAAAUCUAAAGCACCGGGUUUUAAGUUUUCGUUGACGCGGUGGAUGUUAAACCCAUUAGCAUGUCUAGGCUUUGUUUCACAAGUUUUGGUCAAGCUAGUGUGUAUCUGAUAAAGGUGGAUAGGCUGAUGAAGGGUUAUAUGCAGAUAACACGUUUCCUGCUGUGGCGUGGUCUGGAAGAGCCGUUUCUGUUUUGGUGCCGGCUAAUUGGUCUGCAAAAACUACUGGUGGCUUGAAACUGUGCUGUGGCCUGAUGUAGUUACCUAUCAUGCUGUGGAAUCAUUUCUGCUAGUUUUGCAGACUGAGUUAAUGGAUCAGAUCUGCAAUAUUUUUAUGCAGUAGCUGUUUUUGUAUGACUGUAACAGAGGUUGAGUGGUCGGCCUUCUUGCACAGGCCGGGUUUUGUGGGGAUGGAAGCCGAGUUAAUGCAGCUGUGUUGGUAGUGAGUCACAAUAAUAUAGCCUGGGAGGCUUCAAGGAGUUAGUUAGCUAAAGGCUUAGUGGUUAUGAUCGGCUGUCAAAUAAAUCAAAGAAAUCUUCUAGUUUUGUUAUCAAAGUGUUACCUAGGCUGCAUAAUUGUUCAGAUGGGAAAGCUAUUUAAUGUUUUUAGAUCCUAGUGGUAGUAGGAGAUAACAAGUUUUUCUGUUUUGGUUGAUUUGGUAUCGAUGUUCAACUAAAGUGACUAUCUUCCUUUGUUAGUGUAAUUGUUCCUUAUUUAUAUAAUCUUGGCACGUCUUGUGCUUAGAUUAGAGAUUUUAAUAUAGAUUGCCUUGAGUUCAAUUUU